AACCUCUCUGAAGUUACUCCACUUACUCUUUUAAUAUGUCCAAGUUGGCAGGCCUUACUCUGCCUGGUGGCAGUGAGUUCCACUGUGUAACUGGGCAAAGCAGCCCUUCCUUUUUCUUCGGAACCUUCCACCAUGUGGCUUCGGUGCCUGACCCCAGAGUGCUAAGAUGAUGGAAGAGAAAUCCCUCUCAGCAGCAAAAGAAGGGAAGGGGUGAAGAUUUGACUGAUACCCUCAUUUUUCUCUCUCUCUGAAAUGUUUGUUCUGUUUUGUUACAGCCGCCUCGUCGUCGAAUGUGAUGGUUGGCCAACUUGGGGGAAACGUUACCUUGCCCUGCCCGGAGGGGGAGGCAGAGAACACCACUCUGACCCAAUGGCGGUUCGAGGGGCAGAAUCUAAAUUCUUAUCCAGCUGCCCCCCUUAUUGUAGGGACCGAUCUUUUCCUGCCGACGUUACAUUUCAAUCAUUCCGGUUUCUACAGCUGCCACGCAGGCAAGAAGCUCCUUCGCACCUGGUGCCUGGUGCUGGAAGAACCCUUGGAGAGUCCGGAUUUCACCUGCCGCCGGAAGAGUUUAUUGAAAGAUAUUCUGUGCGAGUGGAAAAUGCCACGCCCCAUGUCGGUGUGCACCAAGGCCCGGCUCUGGAUGCAAAAAGUGUCCCCGAGAGAAAACCCCACAGAGCAGCAAUGUCGCUAUUACGGAAAAUCCCGGAAGGUCACUUGUCGCAUUGUCGGGCUGCACCACGAAGAAGAUAUUUUCUUGCUGGUGACUGCCUGCGUCGUCAACCCGGUGGGCGCCUCAAACAAAACCAAGUACCUUUGGAUCAACUCGCUCUUGAAGCCCGAUCCACCGGCUGACGUGACUGUGUACCCCGUAGAGAAAGCCUCCCGCAAACUACGUGUCACCUGGCGUUACCCGUAUUCCUGGGGCACCACUUUUUAUCACCUGCAGUUCGAACUUCGCUACUGGGUGGAAACUUCACAGAUGUACUCAGAGGUUCAGCUUCGGCCUGGGGUCACAUCCUAUGUCAUCUCUGACGCCUUAGAAGGGCUGCGGCACAUCGUCCGGGUGCGAUGCCGUGAAGAAUAUAACCACGGGGCCUGGAGCGAAUGGAGCCGUGAAAGUAGUGGGAUACCCUGGACAGAACCGAAGGAUCCUGAGCCAGAAUUGACGUCAUAUUUCCCAGAGUUCCCCUAUUACUUCAUCAACACGGAGAAGCCCACAACUCCGGAGAUCUCCAAAGAGCUGGACAUUCAACAAGUAGAAGUUCCCACACUUGCAUCCCUGCAUUUGGUCCUCAUGGUGGUGAUCAGCGUGACAGUGGGCUUCACUCUAAUUGCACUAAUCAUUUUCUGGUGUAGGAAAAGAUGGGGGCCACCUUCUUACAGAGAAGGGAAGCCGAGCACGGCCCCGACGUACGCCCUGGCCCCGUUAUCUCCAGAACCUCCACUGAGCGCUUCGCCUCUCCUCUCUCCUCCCGCCUCGCCCUUCAGCGAGAGCUCCGUCGACAGCCCCCGCGUCCUGGAUAACGGCCCGUACGACGUGGCGAACGCGGACUAUUUCCUGCUGCCCAAGUAGAAGGCACGCUUUCGGAUCGCUGGGCAUCGGGGCGUUCCUUGAUGCCAAGACGCAACAUCGGG